CACCCUCCAAUUAUUUUGCUUGUGGGCUGGCCACCGUAUGUCAAGGGACUCCCUUGCAAAGGGUGAACGGAGCCUUUCGGGGUUUUGACUGCAGACGGUGCCACUGCCAAGAGGAUAUCUUGGCUAUUCUGCCCUCCGCCAGUGCCUUCGUACUACCCACCCCAAGGUGCUUAAAAGGAUGUCAUUCCUCUCUACUCCUGCAAACACUACUGCAUGCACUCUCUCCCAGGAACUUGAAGUAGGAAAGACCACCACUCAUUUCAUGGGAGAUGAAAUGGGCAGAAGACAAAAAAGGAAAGAAAACGUAAAGAAAAUCAGAAUAGAAAACGAAAUCCUUUCUUUUCCUGCCGUCCGUUAUCAUUCACUACUGCCAAAUGAAAUGUGCUGUAGUUGCCACCUUUCUUUUCCUUUUCGCUUGGAUGGGGGACAUGCAGAGAAGCAAGCGAGGGCGGGUCUACCCUCUCAAACCAAAUGCCAUAACAUACACUGGCUUUACGCAUAAAUAUGUGAGUCAUUUGUUGUCAGCUCUUGCUAAAGCCACUACCCUCUUCUCUUGCGAAGGAAAUAAAGAUGAGAACAUGGAAAAGAUGGUGAGAUUCGAAGCAGACAUGGCAUUAGUGCUUUCUGCCGGCGGUUUCAAGUGGAGCCGUGCCUUGAAACGCAAGCUCGAGAAAAGCGCGAGCUCAAGUCAACUUCAUCAACUCACGACAUGCCAAUCGAGCAUCUUGCGAGUGAACAAACGCAAAACGCUCGACCAUCGUCGAACACCCCUGACCAUUCCCAGGCCUCCAGUUCCCACGAAGGCUAAUUGGCCAAAAAGAACAUGCCGGCGGGGGAGUUACAACAAGAAGACUGGAGGAGAAAGGGAGUUUGGUUGCCGCAUUAGGAUUCUGAGGAGGAUUUUGCCAGGUGGGAAUGAGAUGGAUCUGUGCGAGUUGCUCUCUGAAGUGGAGAGCUAUGUGGUUUGCCUACAGUUGCAGGUGAACAUCCUCAAGUCUCUGGUUGAGACCCCUUGAAGUGUUUUAAUUAGUUUCAUGGGCUCGGUUGUCAGCAAGGAAAAAGCCAUGUAGCACUCGUUGUUAGGAUGCAAGAUUGUCGAUAGAGUUCAAAUUAAUGUUGCGAAAGAACACAAUCUUCAAAUGUAAUGCUAGCUUGUAAGUUUGAUGUGGCUUGUUUUGUGAAGAGGACCUUUAAGGAAUGUGAAAUGGUCGACAAUAUUAACCUUGAGCAGUUGCAAUCA